UGCCUACUUUCUUCAGCUACAGAAUACAGUACGAGUCGACUUUAUUGCUCCACAUAGCUGGUAAAAUGUUUCAAAUGGGACCAAAAGUCAUCUUAUUGCUUCUCCUUGCUUUCCCGGUUGCCCUCAUCGGCUCAAUAGGGACAGUAUCUGCUCAGGAACAAGACGAGGAUGUGGCCCCAGACUCUACUGUGGAGGAGGAAGAUGAGGAGGAGGAGGAUGAGGAGGCAAUGACGGCUGAAGCCAGCGCCACAGAAACAGAGAAUGAGGACCUAGAAGAUGACUCUGCCCCAGCAGAAGCUACCUCCCAUCCCGAUGCUGACACCACUAUCGUCUUUGUGACUGGGGAAGAGUUCCCAGCCAAUCAGAUUGUGAAGUUCCUGGUGGGCCUCACCAAUAAGGGCAGCGAAGACUUCACUGUGCAGUCACUGGAAGCUUCCUUCCGCUACCCCCAGGAUUUCCAGUUCUACAUCCAGAACUUCACAGCCCUGCCUCUGAGCACUGUGGUGCAGCCAGAGAAACAAGCCACCUUUGAGUACUCCUUCAUCCCUGCCGAGCCCAUGGCUGGACGCGCCUUUGGACUGGUCAUCGAGCUCCACUACCAGGACAGCAAUGGAAAUGUGUACCAAGAUGCCGUCUUCAAUCAGACUGUCACUAUCGUCGAGCUGGACCAGGGGCUGGAUGGAGAAACCGUGUUCCUGUACGUGUUCCUCACUGGACUUGUGAUGUUGGUUCUCGUUGGAAUUUACCAGGUUCUGGAAUCACGAACGCGGAAGAGGUCAGCGGUGAAGGUGGAGACGGGCACAGGGACCAUGAAUGACGUGGAUAUCAGCUGGAUUCCACAGGAGACUCUCAAUGUCAUGAACAGGGCAUCCCCGAAAGCUUCUCCCAGGAAACGUACCAAGAGAGCAGCCGGCACUGACCAGUAAGCAUCCCUCCCUCCGCGGGACCUAGGGUGUGGAGGCAGACGCCCCUGAACCCAGAGUCUAUCCACACUCCCCUCAUGGGACUUCAUCUCCAGAACUCUGUGGACAGAGCUCCAGCCUGCACAGCACCAGCAGCUCUCUCAUGUUCUUAUUUUCAAUUGAGACACACAGUCUGUGCGUACAAGGGGUAUUGAUUGAUAGCUGGCAAAUCCCUUGAGCUGUACUGUACAGGCACGUCAAUUUAAAACUCUCAUAACAAUCCUAGAAACUAGAGACAAAGGUAUCGUGAAACUCAUUGGUGGAAGCAGAUUUUCUGUUUGAUUUCGUAAAGCUUCCCUCUGUGGGCUAGAUUUAUUAAGCUUGUUUUCAUGUUUUUCCAUUUGGUGUGUUUUUUUUUUUUUUACUGGUAUGAAACACCUUUGGCGCAUGCAGAAACCUCAAAAUUAACAUCGAGGUUUCUAGCAGUGAAACAAAAGAAAUGCUCACAAAGGGAAGCACUGAAAACCAGUGUAAUAAAUCUGGCCCUUCUUGCUAAGGAUCUGCUCUGGAAUAAGAUUGCCAUGUGUGGUCAGACCCUUUCAAUUCUGACCUGAACAUUCCACUGUACAUUAUAGACACACACACACACGCGCGCGCACACACACACACACACACUGUUACACACACGGCUGGCAAUAUGUCCCUUGAUUGGAAGUCAUUGUCCUGUGUGUUUGUUCUUUUCUUUGGUUUGAUAUUUUAAUUAGAUCUGCAACAGCAGUUUUUUUUUUUUUUAACAAAAAAAACAAAAACAGCCUGUAUUGCCAGCCAUCAUUAGACCUUCAGUCUAUCUGUAGCGCUGUUACAGAGGAGGCAGCUAUACACACUGUAAAUACUGGUUAUGUUGCUGUUACACUAGGCUAUAGAGUCCUGAACGUCACAUUACAGAUGGCCUGGACUGGUCAGUCUGAUUGACAGACUUACCCAACAAAACCAUGUGAGAUCUGUGCUUUAUAAAGUACCUGAGUCCAAAGUGAGUCUGGAUCAAUAAAGAACUGUGAUUUCA